UUUCUGUGUAAUUCUAAUUUACCAAGGUCUGGUUAGUUCGCCAGUACUGCUGAAACGUGCUGUUUUCUCUUUCCAUAGAAAUGUCAAAUUCCAACUUGCAUUUCUUUCGCCGUACACAUCGACGGUAUACUUGAUAAUUUAGCCGGGCCCCGACUCGUAAAUAUAUUGGUAAUGCACGACCAGUCGUCUAGGUGUUUGAUUGCUGGCUAACUGGAUUCAUACUGAUGAUUGAGGGCGCUAUUGAUUCUGACCAGUAAAGUGAAACAUCAACAUGCGUGGACGUUCAGUCAUUGUGGUUGUUUGAAAUUUUCUCGAAAUUCUCUAUGAAGUAAAAUACUUUUAAAUUGAAUAUUACAUAACACGUGCAUUACAUGCACAGACGUUAACUUGGACGUGUUCGAUUCUGCAUUUUUCUGCAAAGUGACAAUGUUGUUUACAUUGUUUGACAACCAUGACAAGGUGACAUGUUUGAGUUCGCCAGGUAAACUCCCCGCCCCCCAAUUCUCGAUUUGCAUAAAUUAGGGCCGAACUUUAAACUUCAAGAUGUUGUGGUUGUGGAGGGCAUACACCAAGUUCCUUCAAGCGCACCCCUUCAAAGCACAGGCUGCAAACACUUGUCUGCUUAUGGGCCUCGGAGAUAUCAUCUGUCAGCAGGCGAUUGAGAAGGCGGGACUUAAGAAACACAACGUCGUACGCACUGUCAGACAAGCAUCGUUUGGACUCUUCAUUGGUGGUCCACUGUUGUUUACAUGGUACAGUACUCUGGAUAAGUUCGUCAAGGGCACAGCGGCGAUCAAAACACUCAAGUGUGUUGCACUCGAUCAGGCUUUGAUGGCUCCUACAUUCAUCACCGUGUUUUACACCCUGAUUGGACUGACCAGUGGCUUGUCUUCGGCAGAGGUCAAAGAUAAACUAAAACAGAAUUUUAAGACAACGUUGAUCAACAACUACAAGGUGUGGCCAGCUGCCCAAAUCAUCAACUUUUACUUUGUCCCCCUGCAGCAUAGGGUCCUCGCUGUCAAUUGUGUGGCAUUAUUCUGGAAUACCUACCUGAGCUGGAUGGCAAACUCGAGACAGGAAUUGGUCGAAACAGUCAUGGUGGACGAAACACCCGCAUCUAAGACAAGUCCUGAGACGUGACAACAACAUUAACCUGACUCAGAAAAGCAGUACAGUAUUUGUAAACGGCCUCGAAUUUUUAUUUUUUUCGUGCUAUUCUCUUUUUCUUUAAUUGUUCAGUGCUUCUAUAUUAUAAAUAUUUUCGCAGUACUAAUGUUUCUUGAUACAGUAGUAUAAUUUACCGUACGAUUUCUUUAUUGAAUGUAUAAAUGCGUUGAAUCAUUUUUUGUUAAUAAGCAAGCUUGUUCUUGUACAGUUUUACCCGUCUGUUAUUUCCAAAAUCCAAAGAAGUCUUGAGUAUUUAUUCGUAGGCAACUUACAUCAUAUUUUAUGAAUGUACCGUAUAUAGUAU